AUGGUCAACGGCAUAUCUCCUAGGCACGUUUACGAAGUUUUCCGGCGCAUCUCCGACGACCCAUCCGGAGCGCCCAUGUUGGAUUGGGCAACGAAUAUUCCCAACGACGGCCUCAUCCGGUACAAGGUUCCACUUAACCAGGAACGUCUGCUCCUCACCAAUUCCAAGGCACUUUCCGAAGUCCUGGUUACGCGCAACUAUGAUUUCGAGAAGCCAGGCUUGAUCCGAUGGUCACUUGGUAGGAUCCUUGGAAAUGGCAUCUUGAUGGCCGAGGGCGACGAGCACAAGAGGCAGCGGAAGAACCUGAUGCCAGCGUUUUCAUUCAGGCACAUCAAGGACCUCUACUCCGUCUUUUGGAACAAGGCCCAGGAGUCGGCGCAGGCAAUGAUGGACCAAAUCCGUGUCGACGCGGCCAAAGCUGGGGCCGACGAGAAGGCAGGAUUUACGAAUCCGACGGCCGUCUUGGAAAUCGGCGACUGGGCCUCACGCGCGACUCUGGAUAUCAUUGGCCUAGCAGGACUUGGUCGUGAUUUCCACGCUAUCCAGGACCCUAACAACCACCUGAGUAAAAUGUAUCAAGAUGUCUUUAAGCCCUCGAAACAAGCGCGGCUUAUGAAUCUACUCAAUCUCGUCUUGCCUGGAUGGGUUGUUACAAAUCUCCCUAUAAAGAGGAACGGAGAUGUCCGACAGGCAUCGGCCUUCAUUCGCCAAGUCUGUCGAGAUCUCGUGCGAGAGAAGAAGGAAAAAUUUGCCCGCAAGGAGCUUACGGAUAUCGACAUUCUCUCCGUGGCCAUCGAGAGCGGCGGCUUCAGCGAGGAUGAUCUGGUUAAUCAGUUGAUGACGUUCCUCGCAGCGGGACACGAGACGACGGCUUCGGCCAUGCAAUGGGCAAUCUACAUGAUGUGCUUGCAUCCUGAUGUGCAGACGCGGCUUCGGAAGGAGGUCAGGGAGAAUCUCCCUUCGAUCGAAUCGCACCAAGACAUCACGGCGCUGGAUAUCGAUCACCUCCCAUACCUCAACGCCGUGUGCAACGAGGUGCUGCGGUAUUACUCGCCCGUGCCGUUGACGCUCCGCCAGGCGGCCGUCGACACGACUAUUCUAGACCAGAAAGUGCCCAAGGGGACGAUGAUCGUUUUGUGCCCCUUCGCGAUAAAUAGACACAUGUCCCUAUGGGGAGAGGACGCGGGCCGAUUCAACCCGGAUCGGUGGCUCUCGAAGAAGGGUGAGGACGCCUCCGCCGCGACGGUUGGCAGCGGCGGGGCGUCGAGCAACUACGCGUUCCUGACAUUUUUGCACGGGCCGAGGAGCUGUAUCGGGCAGGCGUUCGCCAAAGCAGAGUUUGCGUGCUUGUUGGCGUCCUGGGUGGGGCGGUUCGAGUUCGAGUUGAAGAAUAAGGAGGAGUACGAUGAGAAGAAUAUGAUCAUAAAGGGCGGUGUAACGGCGAGGCCGGCGAAUGGGCUUUGGGUUCACGCGAAGGUGUUGGAUGGGUGGUGA